CUCUCUCUGAUUAUCUUCCUGAUUGUCUCGUCAUUGUUAUGGUAAGACACGAAGAUCCGUCUGUAUUUCCUCUUCCCUAGUAUCAGGAAGAUGGACGAACUUACAGCAGUUUAAUAUAAAAUUUAUAAUAAAAGUUAUGCAUUGUGGAAAAUAUAAUAACACAGAGCGUAAAGUACUGGAUUGCACUUAAAAUGGAAAGGCAUAGACAAUGUAUAUGUCUCCUAUAUAGUGUUAAAUAACACUAACUGCCCAAUCUUCUUCAGGUUAUCUUGAGAUGAUUUCGGGUCUUAGCGUCCCAAAAAGGCGUCCUCCUUUUUGAUACCGCCAGGAAGCAGCAGCCCGUAGCAGCUGUCUAACUCCCAGGUACCUAUUUCUUCAGGGUGAAAGAAACUCUGCCAAUUUGUUUCCGUCUUCACCGGGGAUGGAACCCGGAACCUCAGGACUACAAAUCCCGAGCGCUGUCCACUCAGCUGUCAAGCCCGAGCACAUACUUUUAUCUGUAUUGAGGCAGGUGUGGCAUUUCUUCAGAUAAGUUUGGGGAGGAAUAACUUUAAGAAUGGACUAAGUAAUUUUUACAUAUGUUCAUCAGCAGCAUUUUAACUACUGUGAAAACAUCGCUCCGUUUCUCAUGGAUGGUCUCAAACCCACUAAGUUGUGCUAUAUAUAUGUUACUAGAAGAGGGUACCAGGCGGUGCCCGGGUCAGCCUCCAUAAGGUUGCAGCAUUUAAGUGUUGAGAGGCCGAAGAACGCAAAUCUGCCAUCAAAAUAUAGAUUUUUGCAUGUAAUUAUUUGAAUUUGUAAUAUUAUGAAUAUAAAAUAAAAGUCUAUGGACUCGCCGCAAACAUUUCAAAUGAAAUAAAAUUCAAAAGUUUUAUUCAUAAAUGCAUGUAAAUUGAAGUUCACGCCAACAUAAGAGUGGCCGUUCCAGCCUGGGCGUUAAUGACAAUCAGCUACAUCAGCAAGUGACGCCAGGCCUUAUACCAAUAUCAUCUUGCAUCAACAGGCGCUAUGACUAACCGCCAACAAAGCGGAUUGUCAUAACGCUUGUACCAGCGUCCCCAGGUACCAAAAGUCCCAAUUCCAAUGUCAUCAGGUACCAAAAGACCCAGUACCAGCGUAAGGCAAACAACAAGAGGUCUGUCGCAUGUAAAGCCCAGUUGUCAUUCAGGAGUUCUCCGUUAUUAAAUUACUCCCGAACGACUUUGCUCGUCGUGUCAGAUCUCAAGCAUUCAUUAAACACGCUGAGCACCAAAAAAGGUGUAUCUAAAUAUUUUAUAAUUGUUUUUAUGUGUAAAAGUAGUUAGGUUUAACAGCGGAUGUCAAAUGCUGAAAGUCCUGUGGAGCAAGACUGGAACUUCCUGAGGAGUUGAGUUGGUAUCCUCACACUGAGGCUUCAGUUAGUCCUUGUAAAACCACAGUAUAGCUGCUCACCAAGUCCUCCACAUGUUACGUGUCAGUCUCUAUCAAAAUACGCAGACCAUAAGAAUGCCACAUUUACUAUUUUGAUUCAUUACGUUAUUUGAAGCUUCCAAGUGUCGUCGUGGAUAUCUUUAGCGUGCUGUAUCACAUACCGGUGAGGCUUUGCUAAGCCUAUUGGCAAAAAAUGGAAGACUUCCUAGACUUCGACGACGUAUUGACCCACGCGGGAGAGUUUGGAAAGUAUCAGUGGCUGCUGUUUCUUGGCCUGGCUCCCUUUGCCUUGAACUUGGUCCUCGUAUACUUCCUGCAGUUCUUCAUCACCCUCCCGCCGGAGCACUGGUGCGCCGUCCCGGAGCUCCUGCAGGCGAACAUCAGCCUCGAUCUCAGACGUACCCUAAGCAUCCCAAAAACUGUUGACGCGCUGGGAAAGGCGAAGUGGAGCAGCUGCCAGGUAUACAACGUUGACUACAGGACUCUGCUGCAGGAUGGCGUGACGUCACCCAACUCCUCCUGGCCGGUGCGGAGCUGCCAGGCGUGGGAGUACGAUAUCUCCACCACGGGAAACUAUCAUACCAUUGUGUCAGAGCUGUCGUGGGUGUGUGAUCGGGAGUGGUACGCUACUCUGGCUCAGUCCGUCUUCUUCCUGGGGGCCGUGUGUGGCGGCCUGAUCUGUGGCUGGGCGGCCGACAGGUAUGGACGCAUGCCCGUCCUGGUGGCCACCAACUUCGUGGGAGCAGUUACUUCGCUCCUGACGGCCACCUCCACCUCCCUAGCCGACUUCCUUGUAUACAGGUUCCUCGCUGGCUUCGCCUUCGACAACAUCUUUGUCAUGAUGUACGUCUUGGUGUUGGAGUACGUGGGCCCCAGUCGACGUACUUUAGUGGCCAACCUCUCCAUCGCUCUCUUCUACACGGCUGCGACGGUGGCGCUGCCGUGGUUGGCCGUGCUGGCAGGAAACUGGCGCCUCCUCACCGCGCUCUCUGCCUCGCCCAUGAUCCUCUCCUGCCUCGCCUUCUGGAUCCUUCCCGAGAGCGCCCGUUGGCUCCUCUCACAAGGUCGGGUGGAAGAGACGGUGGAGAUCCUGAUCAUGAUCGCUAAGGUGAAUGGUCGCACUAUUCCCUAUGGUGUGCUGCACAAUAUGAAGAGGAGCUCCCAACAAGAGAAAGUUGAAGGUGAAGGCGACAACGCCGCCGCCGUGGCGGAGGAACUGACGUCUGCUUCACUGUUGGACCUGUUCAGGACGCCCAGACUCCGGCGCAUGACGGUAGUCAUCUGCAUCUUUUGGAUGCUGCUGAACCUGGUGUACGACGGGCACGCUCGCAACGUCUCCAACCUGCCCAUGGACGUGUUCGUCACCUUCAGCGUGGCCUCGGCCACCGAGCUCCCCGCCGACACCUUCCUCGUCUUCACCCUCGACCGCUGGGGGCGCCGGUGGCUCGCCUUCGGCACCUUGUGCCUCUCCGGCAUACUCAGCAUCCUUACUAUCGCAGCUGCAGGUAACGCUGUAGCUGUGGCGGUGCUGGCCAUGGUGGGACGGUUCCUGGUGAACAUCACCUACAACAUCGGGCUGCAGUACGCUGCGGAGCUGCUGCCGACGGUGGUGCGCGCGCAGGGGGUCGCUGCCGUCCACAUCGCUGGCUACGUCUCCGCUCUCUUCUCUCCCGUCAUAGUCUACCUGGGAACCCUGAACUCUCUGGUGCCGCUGGUAGUGCUUGGGGUGGCAUCCUUGAUCGGGGGUUUCAUAGUGCUCCUGCUGCCGGAGACUCUACACAGGGACCUGCCCCAGACGCUCGCCGACGGAGAGAACUUCGGCAGAGACCAAGCCUUCUUCUAUUUCCCCUGCAUCAUUCGGGAAGAACACUCAACCCAACCUCUGGCGCUGGGAGAAAUCGGGCAGCAGCCGUCCUUCAUCAGGCACCGACCGCAGUUGAGGGCGUCCCUCCGCGGCGAAACCUACCGAUCCUCCCUCAUCAGGCACCGCAGGGAGGUCCUCUACAUACCUGUAGUUGACUGACACCGCUAGCAGUCACGGCCACUCCAUCACCACGCUAGACUGUUAAAGAUCGUCUGUAUCAUCACUUUCGGUGAUCAACAGUGCCUAUACCUGGUCCUUUGAGUCACCAUGGUUGACAAUAAUAAUAAUUUAUUUGCAAGACGGUACAAUGGGUUAGUGAGAUUACAUAACAUUGGCAUUUUUAUAUUCGUGCAAAGCCACUAACACGCAUAGCGUUUCGGGCAGAUUGAUUGUCGAAAACUUUCAGCCAGGUCUUCUACAUCACGGUGCCUAUCUCACCACUACUAGAAACGUAAUCUAGUCACCAUGAAAAAGGUUAUUUUACUAAAUUUUCAGAGCAUAAACAGUACUCUUUUUUUUCAAAUAUAAUUUACUCGCCUCCAUU